AUGGGAACUCAAUCAACAGGGACUCAAGUAACAGAAACUCGAGCAAUGGGAAUUCAAGCAACAGGAACUCAAGCAUCAGAAACUCAAGUAACGGAAAUUCAAGCAAUGGGAACUCAAUCAACAGGGACUCAAGCAACAGAAAAAAGAGCAAUGGGAACUCAAGCAACAGGAACUCAAGCAGCAGAAGCUCAAGUAACGGGAAUUCAAGCAAUGGGAACUCAAUCAACAGGGACUCAAGCAACAGAAACUCGAGCAAUGGGAACUCAAGCAACAGACACUCAAGCAACAGAAACUCAGUCAAUGUUAACUCAAGCAAUGUUAACUCAAGCAAUGGGAACUCGAGCAACAGAAUUUAAAGCAACAGAAACUCAAGGACUCAAGCAACAGAAAACUCGAGCAAUGGGAACUCAAGCAACAGGAACUCAAGCAGCAGAAGCUCAAGUAACGGGAAUUCAAGCAAUGGGAACUCAAUCAACAGGGACUCAAGCAACAGAAACUCGAGCAAUGGGAACUCAAGCAACAGGAAAUCAAGCAGCAGAAGCUCAAGUAACGGGAAUUCAAGCAAUGGGAACUCAAUCAACAGGGACUCAAGCAACAGAAACUCGAGCAAUGGGAACUCAAGCAACAGGAACUCAAGCAGCAGAAGCUCACGUAAUGGGAAUUCAACCAAUGGGAACUCAAUCAACAGGGACUCAAGCAACAGAAACUCGAGCAAUGGGAACUCAAGCAACAGACACUCAAGCAACAGAAACUCAGGCAAUUUUAACUCAAGAAAUGUUAACUCAAGCAAUGGGAACUCGAGCAACAGAAACUCAAGCAACAGAAGCUCAAGUAACGGGAAUUCAAGCAAUGGGAACUCAUUCAACCGGGACUCAAGCAACAGAACCUCGAGCAAUGGGAACUCAAGCAACAGGAACUCAAGCAGCAGAAGCUCAAGUAACGGGAAUUCAAGCAAUGGGAACUUAA